AUAGGUUUAAACCCUUAUAAGACAAAGGACGUUUGCGCCAAACAAAUGGAUUUUCUAAAAUACAGUCGACAUCGAUCAAAUUUACAUUUCCCUCAAUAUUGUAACAGCAAUUAAAACGCUCUUGAAAUAGUUUAACUGGCACAGUCAAGGGGCAUGAGACAUCUGCUGCACAAAUUCGAAGGUUUUCAAUUUGCUUUAAUAGGGAAAUAGCACAGUGGUGAAAAUAUAACAUUUAAAUUUUUAAAAGAUUGUAAGUUGAUCUGUCAGUAAAAAAAAAUUGCGAUUAGAAAUUGCUUCUUUGCCAGCUGCGAUGAAUUAUUCCGGAUGGAUCGCGCGAUCCGAGAUCAUUUGCCGCGAAAAAACGCGAAUUGAUUGUUGUUUGUUGCUGAAAUAGCCGCUAGCCAAUCAUCUUGCACAGGGAAACAAUCGCUUGUGAUUGACAGAUCCCGGAUAAUGAGGUUCAAAACCAACGGCUUUCCAACCUAAAGUUUAAGACUUCUUUUGAGUUCCUGUGGUCGUAGAAAGGAUGCCGAAAUUCGGGAGAUUUGGGGCGUAUUUAGUUUUUUCUAAAUCAGUCCGGUAGCGGAGGUGUUAAAGAUUUUGAUUUGCCAUGGCAGGAUGUGAAAUAAGGUCUGUGGGACCCUACAUUCUGGAGGGAACUUUGGGCAGAGGGCAAACCGGACUGGUCAAACUUGGAGUUAACUGUGUCACCAAGAAGAAAGUUGCGGUAAAAAUCAUCGACCGGACGAAGCUAAGCGAACAAGUUUUAAGCAAGGUUGAAAGAGAGAUUGCUAUCAUGAAGCUUAUUGAUCACCCUCACGUCUUGGGCCUCUAUGAUGUUUAUGAAAGCAAGAAACAUCUAUUUCUGGUAUUAGAGCAUGUGUCUGGUGGUGAGCUUUUUGAUCACCUGGUGAAAAGAGGACGGCUCCCAUUAGGAGAGGCAAGAAGAUUUUUUGCCCAGAUGAUCUCGGCAGUUGAUUUCUGUCACAAGCAUUGCGUUUGCCACAGAGACUUGAAACCUGAGAAUUUGCUUCUGGACAAAAAGAUGAACAUCAAGGUUGCUGAUUUUGGAAUGGCUUCUUUACAGGUUGGAGAUAAUGCAAUGCUUGAAACAAGCUGUGGGUCUCCACAUUAUGCUUGCCCAGAAGUUAUUCGAGGAGAAAAAUAUGAUGGUCGCAAGGCAGACGUUUGGAGCUGUGGCAUUAUUUUGUAUGCUCUUUUAGUGGGUGCACUGCCUUUUGAUGAUGAAAAUUUACGAAAUCUGUUGGAGAAAGUGAAGAGGGGGCAUUUUAGCAUUCCAGUCUUCAUUCCAACAGAUGUUCAGGAGAUGAUCCGUGGCAUGAUUACUGUUGACCCUGAAAAAAGAAUAACAAUGGAAGACGUUAAGAAACACAGCUUUCUUAACAGUUUCAAAGACGAACUUCCAUGUGAGCCACAUGUUGUCGACAUUGUCAAGACGGAGGUUAUUCCUGGUAAAGAAGAGAUCGACCCUGAUGUAUUACACAGUAUGUCAUCCCUGGGUUGUUUUAAGAACAGAGAAAGACUGCUACGCAAUCUGCUGAAGCAAGAAAAGACGAUAGAGAAAGUCAUCUACUUCAUGCUACUGGAGAGAAAAGAGAGAUCACCGACUCACGAAGAUGCGGCAGUGGCGACGAUAAAGAAUUUGAAGGAAAUUUUGGAAGAUGCGCCGCGGAAAAGAGUCGAUUCUUGUGGAUCUCCAAGAUUACAACGACCAAGAAAGUCGUCUCUGUCGGCUUCACCACCUGUCUCUCCAAGAACCAGAGCAGAGACUUACACGGGAGGUGUGAGUCCUUUGGUACAUGUGAGUCCCAAACACCAACCGUCCAAUCAUCUACAGCAAGACAGUCCCCUGUCUAGCCCCCCUGAAUCACCUACACACCACGCCACCACGCCCCCAGGGAGCCCCUGGAGGACACGACUAGCCACCUUCAAGCACGCAAUUGUUGGGUCGCCAAGAUUCCACAGGAAAAAGCUAUCACAGAAUUGUGCGGAAAGCAGUUCAGUUUCUGCCUCACCAGACUCAUCCCCUGACAUCGUGAAGCGCUCAUGGUUUGGUCAUUUGAUGUUAGCACACAACUCACACCCAAGACAUGAGCCGUUCUUUAUCAUCACGAGAGAAAAACCCUUUAGCACCGUUAAAGCCGACGUUGUUCAUGCAUUUUUAUCCGUCAGUCACUUAACUCACUCCGUCCUUUCACAACACGGCUUUAAAGCGGAAUACAAGAAACCAGGAGGCAAGACGAUGUUCAGGAAGACGGUCCGUAUAUCGGUCAAUAUUUGUCCAACAGAUCAAGCUAAACAGGAGAACAGUUCCAUUCACACGAUCUCGAUUGUACUAGAGUCUGGCCCUGUUCAUCGAUUCAAGAAACUGUGCGAGAAACUCCAGCUAAUUCUUCUGUCCAACACGCGGCGAAGCACAAGCAAUUGCCGGGCAGAGGACAACAGCAAUGAGGAAAACCCCGCAUCAGACGAGAAGUGUGGCAGUUCUCAGAGUUCUAAACUGCUACUUGCUCAGUUAUCAGACACAGAGAGUGAAGGAGAGCUCUUAGACAGUCCCAGAGCAUCGAGCAAACCUCUCGCUAACAACGUUAAUGGUAAAACCGCUGAAAAGCUAAUUUGAAAAGUCGAAUAAGGAGCUAUCAGCGACGUUCAUGGAAAAUCAAUGUUCGUGUCAAAACCAGAUCCCGUCAGAAGUGAAGGAAUGUGAAGAAAAUAAGAAUAAAUUGAAUGGAAAUGUAGUUAAACUUCGAGGUGACAUGACGAUGUACACUGUCGACUGAAGCAACUACACAUGAAAUUUAAGCAUCUAAUCGCUCGAUUUGGAUGCAAAUUAUUUACUGAUUGCUGGAAAUCCACGACAAUCGAAUUGAAAAUGUUACAAAAUGAAUUUUUUUUAAAUCUACCUGUGAAAAAUGAUUGGAUGUUAGCUACGAGAUAGGAUGACUGAUGAUCGUGAUGAUAAUGACGACAACAAAGAUGAUGACGAUAAUGCAAACAGAUGCGAUGAUUUUAGAAACGAUCAAGACAUCAACUAUAUUACAGUUACUCACCAAAGAUGACAAUAGCUCAGCAGUCCUUUGAGUAAUGUGUCUCUAUGAACUAAAAGAAGUUUUAAGCUUCUAACACCAGUGCUAUUGCUGACGAGCAAAAAUAACUAACUAUUGGCCCAUCCUGUAAUGCGACGAAGUUGACGAUGGAUGGGACCCUAGCAAAUCUACCGCACUUCUGUAAAAGGUAGUAAUAAAGUAGUCUAACAAUGAAUAAUUAUUCCGCUCAAAAAGUUGAUGUCGGUUGCAAGUCGCUGUCACUAGGCACUAUGUGCGUUUUACUCUGUAAUCGCUGAUAUCAAGACGCAAAUUCUUAUUACAAGCCUCCAUACAUACUUUGUUGAACAAGUUGGGAGAUUAUGAUGCAAUCUCGCCAUGUUGAUCAGACGCUGAUUUUCACAACUUGCAACUUUGUUUUGAUAGUUUCGGUGACAGUAACAAGGCAGGGCUACUGCGCAUACACUCUCAGACUGAAAGGAUCGCAGCAUCUCUAGUGCCGGUGGCUUGUUUACUAUGACAACGACUAUCAUAAUUCAAUUAAUGAAUUUAAGGGGGCAUUGUCCACAUUUUUAGCAUGAUUUUCAAGAGGCUAAAAAUUUAAAACCCAGCAAUGAUCUGAUGGAACAUUACGCAGGAAAAGUAACAAUGUCGACGGCUAAAGACGAGUGAUUGAACGGAAAUUCUUGAAAGCAUAAUACUCCACAAUUGAGUGUUUGACGUUUAAAAUUUCUCUUCUCAGCGAUCAGGUUUUGUAAAUGAGUACAGAUCUCAACAGCAACCUGUUUAAUGCAGUAGGUUAGGGUUCAGCCUUUGGCACUGCCCCUUUAAAUCAGUCAUUCUUAUAUCCACGAGAGGAAUCUACUCUACCCUUAUUCCUGUCCUCAACUCCAGCACACAGCAGUCACACAGUAGCAUAAACAUACUUUUAUGAGAUUUUCCGAUUCUGAAAAACCGUUACUACCUGUACUUCUUUGUUGCCUGUCUCUUGAUUUGUACAAUUUUUUACUUCUUUGACUUCUGACUCAGGCAGGUUCCGACGACAAAAAUCCUAUUUCUAUUUAUCAAUUGUACUUUUUGUGAACAACUUUAUUUAAGAGAUUGUAUGUUGAAAAAACAAUCUGCGUAAACUGGAUAAUUUAAUAUUAGUAUCAGUACCUUUUUCAUCCACUCGUUUUGUAAACUCUGUUACUGCUUGGUUUAUGGAACCUAGUUCUUUCGUCCAAAAUCAUUUGGGUUUGGGAAUCGAGAGUGAACUCUUAGGUUUUCCUAGAGAAUUGCUGGCAAGAUAAAGCAAGUGUCUGCUCCCGUCUUGUAAAACCUGAUCUUUUUAACCAAAUCAAAAACAAAUUGCUUAUUUAGAAAGAUACUAGAAACGUAUUAAUGAACCGAAAACGGAAAAGGGAUGGAUACGAUUUGGGAAUACUGAGAGGUAUUAACGGAUCUCAGUCACGGUACUUUGAGUUAUUUUGGCCGUGUACAAAAUUACUCUUAAACUAAAGGAAACCUGAAAAUAGUAGUUUACUAUGAUGGAAAAACACCAAAGAGAUAAUAUUAAUCCAUAAAGGAACAGGG